AUGGAGAUCGAUUGUAAUGUGAAAAGAGAUGAAGUGGAGAAGCUUGUGAGAGAGUUGAUAGAUGGAGAGAAGGGUAAGGAGAUGAGGAAACAUGCCAUGAAGUGGAAGAAAAUGGCAGAGGAAACAAUUGAUGAGAGCCAUUUUCCUAAUGGGUGCAUGGACACUACAGUUGACUGGAUUCCCGGGAUAAAAAGUAUCCACCUCAAGGAUCUCUCAAGCUUUCUGCUCAUAUCAGAUCCGAAAGAUAUCCUGCUGAACUUUAUUUUGGAGAUAGUAGGGAAAGCUUCGAAAGCUUCGGCCAUAGUUGUGAAUACUUUUGAUGCAUUGGAGUGUGAAGGAUUGGACGCUCUUUCCUUCAUGUUUCCUCUUGUUUACUCCAUUGGCCCUCUUCAUUUGCUUCUCAGUCAAUUUCUACAAAACAAUUGGAAGUUGAAUAAUAUCGGUUUUGAUCUUUGGAAAGAUGAAGCCGAUGUCUUGAUUGAUUCCAAGGAAUCCAACUUGGUUAUUUAUGUGAAUUUUGGCAGCGUCACAAUCCUAACCCCACCACAAAUGGUCAAGUUUGCUUGCGAGAGCAAAAAAGCCUUCAUAUGGGUGAUUAGGCCUAACAUGAUGAAGGUGACUCAGUGA